GGUCUCGAAAUCUAAAAGAAACUGGAACAGUUUGGAGCUUGGUUUUCAUCAUUUCGACUGGAUAGUUAUAUUAAUAACUACACGCUUUCCCCUCCGUUUUUCCCGUUAUCAUAGAGUUCCUCGUACUUUUUUUACUUUUGAAUUACAUUACAUACAGUUUGAGUGUAUCUCUAAUAUUUCAUUAUUGUUUCUUUUCUAUCUCUUUUCAUUAACCACAUUUUCAAAUGCCUCCUGACGAACAUGGAAAUAGAGUAGAGAAUUGUAAUCAACAAGAAUCAUUAGAAAUGGCUGCAGCAAUAUGCUCCGAUGCUACUGAAUAUGCACUUCUAGCACAUCGAUUCAAACUUCUAAAUCUAGUACAGCGGAUUGCGCAUGCGGAUGUGAUGGAUAUGAUCGAAGCAGUAGGUCUUGAUGCGCUUACCUCUAGGGAAGCGUUGAGUUACUCCUCUUAUGGGCCGUUUUCGAGCAAUGCAGCGGUGCCUACCCGCAAUGCAUCUACACAUUCGAUAUAUUCGAAGGUGCAUAUCGGUAAAUUAGGUGAUAAAGAAUAUCGGAACAACCUUGUUAGGGUUUGCAAUCAGAGUUCACGUCUUUCUCACUCCCCCAGGGGAGAAACUUUGUUUUCAACGUACUUGCCGCGCCGAACGCGAGAUGACGAGCGCGCCAUGGCGGCAGCCUUAAAUAAUAAACCUUCAUUUACACCCCGCUCUAGAGCUGAUGUAAAUGCAAUCAAUCGAGCCAAUAUAGUGAAUGAUAGCACACUGAAUAUAUCGUGUCAACAUCGCAAGUCAGUGAUUGCGUCUCGAGGCUCUCGUCGCUUUCGAUCUAAUGAUGAGAAGGAUGCUUUCUUUGUUCGGAUGGCCGUUCCAAAACAUCACUACAGUGAAUCAUUAGUAAAGGAUGUCCAUGCAUGCGAUCAAUCGAACGUUUCAAUAGAGGGGAAGAAAGAGGCAUCUACCUUGGGUUCCGUCACUUCUGUCGAACGCCAGCUUGAUCAGAUGCCUGAGCCCGCACGAAGGCGGAGGGGAAAGGUAGCAAAGAUAAGGGCUCGAUCGAGUGCAUCAUCCUCCACGUGUCCACCACACCCUAUCCCGACGGACAAGGAGAGAGGGAAUUCGACAAUACACUGCUCAUCAUGGGAGGACUAUAGCCGUAAGCACCGAAGAAGUGCUCAGGUCGUGGGGUCUCAAGGUCACCAGGACCAUGAACCCGUAUCACAGGCGGCUCCAUCGCCUAUGGCACAUGCUCCAGGUCCAUCACUGUCGUCGCGACCGCGAGCCAACUUGACAUCACUUCACCAGCAGACGGAUAUGGUGUUCCGCACUUUGAGUGCUUCGCAUGAAAUGAAUACUUCUGUCAGUGAAUGCUCCAGUUCGGGUCAACAGGACUCCCGGAAGCAGAUCAAGCCCGUAUUGACACUUUCAUCGAACAAUGAUACUCACAGCACUCGUCACAUCGCAUGCAACAGUCCGACUCCAAAGGCGAAGCCCCUGAGUCCCUAUGGCGUGCGGCACCUUCCGAUGGAGGCCAUUUGCCAUGCUGCCUCAAUCUUGUCGGAGCAACUUCCAUCCAUCGCUGCCCUGCAGGGAUCUGAGGUGCAGCAACGGCAGUCCGAAGCACUUUCCCAGUCCCCCUCCGUUACCAUGAAGGGUGGUAGUGAAGCAAAGUUUGAAAUGGGCGAUCCCAGCGCCGAGGAAGGGAUUCAGGUGUCUCUUGAUAACACUGAUUCUCUACAACAACUCUCUAGUACCAUUGAUAAAAUGCUUCAGGAUCAUCAGCGGAUCCUUCAGGAAGUAGCUAGCAGCGGAUUGGAGGUCUCAACCCUAGAAGCCAAUCAGACGAGGUCCCAGAUGUCCUCUCAGGGAUUUCUCUCAGAAGGUACGAGACACAGGGCCACCCCCACAAUAGUGACGGACACAAAAACGACAGAAAAAGAGGAAUACAAUAUUCUGUGUAAUGAAAUGUUGGCUUACACAGAGCUACAACAGAGAAUUGAUUUCAUGGAGACUGAGUUGGAGAAGGUCGAGGCGUCGGUUUACAAUGAUAUACAAGAAAAUAACCACCAUUCAGCGAGAAUUCCAGAGCAAGCACACAACUACAAUGAUUUCUCGAAGAACAGUCUAUUGGUUACUUCCCCGUCCUUGCCUUCUCCUAUCGGUACUACAUUGGGAGAACAGCAUGACGUGGAGGAGAAUCCGACCGUGUUACCCUCCUUGGAUCCCUUUUCCAUACAUGAGGAGAGUCGUGCUUUGCACUUGAAACAGAGGGGAGAAAGGAUGCCCGAUUCAGUUGUGAGGCGUUUGCUGGCACACCAACACAAAGCACAUGAGUACAUUUCUUAUAGUGAAAGACAAUAUAAUACAAGCCAAGUUUCACAAUACUUAUUUACUCAGAGGCUAACUAACACUUUAUUAGAGGACUGCUUCAGUGAGGUUGUGAAGGAGGUGGAGCGUGUCAUGGAUGACUAUAUUUUGGGUCUUGUUGAGCAUGAAUUGCACUAG